CCUAAGUCCCGUCAGAAUCACGCCAGCGGCUGACACGGAUUCUGCCGACCCUGAGCUGGUGUGUCUGCCGGGCCAGGUCUGUGAAGAUGUUGAGCCGUUGUGUGCGCCGGGUCCCUCUGGGACUGAGAAAACACUAAAUACAGAUCUGGCCGAUCCUGAGUCGUCGUCACCUGUGGUAGAUCCGUCCAGUUCUGACCUGGGUUAUGGUGAGUCAUCGUUACUUUAGGUUUAUGUUAUUUCUACCAUCUUUUAUUUUCUAUGGUCUAUUCUCUAUUUUUACUUGUGAUUGUAAUUUUGAUUCACUGGAUGUAACUCAGAAAAUAUACAAUCAUGACUUUUGUCACGCUAUUUUCACCUUCAAUAGCUUAACGUUAGUUAUGUUUUUCUCCAUUUUAGAAAAACCUAAAAAACGGAAGAAGAGGAAGGCAGUCCGUGUGUUCUUCAGCAGAUUCCGUAAGGCUGUAAAGCGCCUCUGCCUUCGCCGUGAUUCGAAAAGAACCCAUUCUACACCCCAGGUGGAUCUAGACUAUUCUGAGAAGAGGUUACCAGAUUGCGCCGUUUCUUUUGAGCCUAAACCAGAGUAUCAGACCAGGUCUGACCAGGUCUGUGCAGCUCUCCAGUCCCCAUCUGUGCAAGCGACCAGUUCAGAUCUAGCCGUUUCUUUUGAGCCUAAACCAGAGUAUCAGACUAGGUCUGACCAGGUCUGUGCAGCUCUCCAGUCCCCAUCUGUGCAAGCGGCCAGUUCCGAUCCAGCCACUCCAAUACGGUCGUCGCAUAUGUCAGAUUCAUCAGAUUUGGAGACCUGGAAUCUGGAAUGUGGUGAGUCAUUGUUAUCUUUCAUGAUUUAUCUAUCCUCUGCUAUUUUCUGCAUUCUAUAUUACAACAGGAUUAUUUAGACUGUAAACACGAUACUACUGAUGUUCUUAAUGAAUGAAUCCAACGUAUAGCAGGUUUUUAGGAUUUUAAAAGGAUCUUAUUCAAUCUGAUCAGACAAUGAAACUCAUGCAUGUCCACGUUCUUUUUCCUAUCUGUUUUUCAGGCUCUAGAGUGUCUUUCUUUUUAGUGGGAGAGCUUCUAGGAUGUGGAAGUUUUGGCAUGGUGUAUGAGGGAACCCACCUAUUUAGUGACAAAAUCAAGGUUGCCAUGAAGCACAUCGAAAAGCACAAAGAUGACCGUUAUCUUGACGUUGCCGGUCGCUCCAAACCUCUGCUUGCAGAAGUGGCAAUGUUACUUAGGCUGGGAAAGUCUCCAUUAUGCCCCAACGUCAUCAAAUUGCAUGAAUGGGUUGAGUAUAAGAGGAGCUUCGUGCUCAUCUUCGAGUACCCGCAACCAUGCCAUACCUUGCAUCAACACAUCAAGAAUUCAUCCGACAUUAAUGAAGAAAAAGCACGCUGGAUAAUCCGUCAGUUAAUCCAAGCUGUUCAACACUGCUAUGACCGUGGAGUCUUCCAUGGCGACAUCCACAGUGGAAACAUCCUGGUGACUGAAACCAGUUUAAAGCUCAAACUAAUUGACUUUGGUUGUGCUUAUCCAAUCAGCAGUGAGGGCAAUCUGAGCAGUGAAUAUCGAGGAGCAGCACUCUGCACCCCACCUGAGGUCAUGCAGCAUGCCACGUUCCACGCUAACCCAGCAUAUGUCUGGGCAGUAGGUCUUGUGCUCUUUGAAAUCCUGCACGGAUAUUUACCCCUCGAGACCAGCGCCAAAAUAUUGCAUGGCUGCGUCCAAAUUAAACCGACUUUAUCCUUAGGAAAAACCUGCAGAAGGGAGGAAGAGGAACGAAGUCUGUGUUCUCUUUUGGAGAGUAUGGAAGGCUGUAAAGAUGUGACCUGA